UGAACCCCCCGAGUCAGGACGGACACGAACAUAGCCUGAAUCCCAACAGUUCUUUGUGGGAUAUGGAUUAUGAAAGACUGUUGCACAGUAAGAAAACCUUUCCUGGGACCGUGGGCUUGUACAAACCCUCCAGCCUGUUCAGGAGCCGCUCUCUCCUGAGUCACCAGGGAAGGAGAAGUUUGCUAAGUCAGAACCUGGGCCAGAAACCACAAGAAAAGCAGUUACCCUGUGACAUUCUCCUUAAACUUUCCAGAUACAUUUUAAUGGAUACCUUUGGACCUAGCUUGGCCUGGAAUCUCUUUCGGUUUUAUAAUUGUGAUCGAGAAGUCAACCUGCCCAAAAUUCAUGUCAGUCCUCUCAAGGUGGCCCAGCACAAGGUGAAGCCGUUCUUGCUGCGCAGGGUGCUUCAGCUCCUCAGGAAUAUGGGAGUGUUGUCUGAAGCUCAGCAGUCCAAGGCCUUCUCUCUGCUCAAGAAGCAAAUCCUUAAACCAAGGAAAACCCCGUUAAAGCCCAAAGUGGAACGAAGUGGUAGGUAUAUAAGGAGGAGACGUGGUUUUGGUAUCUCGGAUGCAUUCUGGUGCCGGCUGAGUGAGGGCAUGGGGCCAGGCUCUGUGCUGCCGUGGCGAGGGCUGGACAUCCCUGGGUACGAUCUGGUCUGCAGUGGGCUUGUGUCACGCCGGGAGCUGGCACCCGGUGUUCAGGCUGAGCUAGAGACAAGGCUCAGGGUGCUCAGCCCUAAGCGGGAGGCCUGUGAUGAGGCAGGUGGGAAGCAGUCGCUCUCUGCAGAAGAGGAGAUGCUAGACGAAGGCUGGUACGGUGUGCGGAGGGCAGUUGCUGCAGGUGGGCUGCUAUAAGGAGACAGUCAGUGGGAGUCAGUACAGGCACUAAAGCCACGUUUAGGCGAGGCAGUGCCCCGGCCUGGGGUAGCCCUGGAGUGCAGCUCCAACGUGAGCAUUAGCCCAGCGCUGCUUCCCACUCCCACCAGAAGCCGAUGUGCUCCGUUCCCCUGCCCCGAGCUGGGGGCUGC